GGCUGGCUGUGACUCGCACUCGCAGUACACUCACUGUAGUUCCAUGUAAUGUCGGGGUUGUGUCACGUUGUUGUCAUGUCUGUUAACGUUCCACUGUUUCUUGACAACGCCUUACGACGUCAGUGCAGCGAAACUUAAAUUAACUCACCUGGCAGGCUGGGAAGAGGGCGAGACGGAAAAGAAUAAACACAUUUCCUCGCCUCAAAACCAAACAAAAACGUUCCCACGAGCUGUCACACCUUACAAUGUGAACUCGCGACCUGUUUGUUUAAGAGGAAUUGUUGCCUUUUUGAACCACAUCUGGGACUUUUAUGCUGACAGUGCGGUUUCAUUAUUAAAAGUUUUAGCUUAUUGACACUUCCGGGUUAGGACUGCUUCCAUUUGGAACCGGGAGUAAGAAGCAAGCAUGGACAUCGAGCUGCAGACCAAGACUAAUGGGAACCAUGGAGCAACAUAUUUGUCUAAAGAACAGGUGACAGCAGGUAACGGAGAUGGUGCGGCCAACAGAAUCACUGAUGUAGGAGAGAACGACGGGUUGCUUUCUGCACAGACUUCUGGUUGUAAUGGGGGGACAGUGGCCUCUGACCAUGCAGUGGAAACUCAAAUUAAUCUGGAAAAAAUCUACACUCCUCAAGAGACAAGUGCCAUGUGCAGGAUAAAGGGAGAGCUGAAUGAGGUUAUCUUCUGGAGAGUCAAACUGUGGAUGGCCAUCAUCUUCUUAUUUUUCCUCAUCUUUGCUGUGAUUAUCAUUUCAAUGAUUCUGUGCUCAGUGAUUCAUGAGGACAAGGAUGAGAUAUUUGAUCCCGCGACGUUUAAAGUUCCUCAGUGUUUCAAUGGGAGCUUUCAGCUGCCCAAUCUGGUCUUUACAGAGGAACUUUUCACCAUGUCCUCCAACGAGAGCCAAACACUCGCCGGUGAACUUAAAGAAAAGCUGGCUGACCUCUACAGAUCCUCCCCUGCUCUCGGACGAUACUUCUCGAAAGCAGACAUAUAUGCUUUCCGGAACCAGUCGCUCAUGGCUGACUACCAGCUGACAUUUCUCAUGCCUGCAGACCACCAGGAUCAGCUGAGGAACGUAACUCUGAGCAGGGAGAUGGUGUACAACGUGUUCAGACAGUUCCUAUAUGACCAGGAGCCAGAUGAGUCAGGGCAGAUGUACAUAGAUCCAGUUUCCCUAAAGAUGUUUUUAAAUCACUAGGAACACAUGUUCUAAUCCGUAUAGGGAAUUCUGUUCUUUUUUGUCAUUUAAGUGAAACACUGAGCAAACACUUAACCCUCUACAGGGAGAUGGUUGCUUGUAGCAUAUGAUUCUCAUACGUGCGUGUGAUUUUCCCCCAUGACUGUAGAAAUGUUGCAAAUGCUGCAGCUUGACCACAUAAACCUACAGUACAUGGCCACAGUCACACAAUCCCCUGUAGGUCAUACUGUGUGUGUGAUCUCAUGGUGUGUUACGGUGCUUUGAGACUGUUCCUUUUUUCGAAAUCAAUCAACAGUGCCUGGAAAUCUACUGUCACUCUGAUAUUGAUGUUUAUAUUUGUAUUGUGCCUAGUUUAACUGCACGUUUUAAUUGAAAGAAUAUUGGUAAAAAUGUCAGUGCUGUAAUUAUUGAUGUUCAUUCCCUGUCUACCACUGUGAAAUCAUACGACCGUUUGUUCAAAACCUGUGGCUUUAUACAUGUUUUUUUUAUAUAAAUACAAGUUUUUAUAUUUGCAUAGCUUUAUUUUCCAUCACAGGACAUGAUUUGCAAAUCAAAACUCCGCUUUAGAGAACUGUACAGAUACACUAUGCUGCUUGUGUGAUCAUUUUAUAAGUAAAGCUGUUCAUGGCCUAAUAAAACUAUAUUUUCUAUUCAC